AUGGAAGCUGUCGCUGUUAGUUACGCCGUCCCUGUCUUACACAACAUCAACGGACUAGAGAUCAAGACGAGCAUCAUACACACACCGAAAAGGUCUCCUUCAGAAUACAUCGAGCUGAAUGAAGAUGGAGUGAUAGGGAAUGCGACUGCGGUACAUGAUGGUCCCGUAUACAUUUGUCUCGCCGAGAACUACGACUACUGGUGCACAGAGCUUGGAGUUGAUCGAUCAGAAUGGGACUGGUGUCACUGGGGUGAGAACAUCACCUUCAGAUGUACAGAGAAGACUCUGACUGAAUCUGACUUUCGGUUGGGCGAUGUAUGGAGAGUCGGCAGCAGCGUUCGUUUACAAGUCUGUGGAUCUCGCAUCCCUUGUAUGAAGCUAUCGUGGAGAUGCGGCCAGAAGGAUUCGUGGCUGAAAGCACUAGCCGACACUGGUCGGGUUGGUGUCUACUUAAGAGUCCUCAGCAGGGGACGCAUCUACCCAGGAGAUUGUGCGGUCAAAGAAUCAUCAUCGGGGGAUACUAUGAAUGCGGCAACCAUCACUAGACUGGCCUUCGACUCGGAUCUCAAGACCCGCGACACUCUCAACUUAUUGGCAAAUCAUGAUAACCUCCUCCGAUUGAAUCGGCUGAUUAUUAAUCGAAAGGUUGCUGGGAUCGACGAUAAAGUGAACAAAGGUAGAAACGCGUGGAAAGGGUGGCGAGAUUUGCAAGUUUCUCAAAUCGUCGAUGAAGGCAAUGGCAUAAAGUCAUUCCAUAUCUGUUCGGCAGACGAGAAAGAACUGGCUUGGUAUCUACCAGGUCAGUUCCUUACCGUACGGCUACCAACAGGCGAUACCCGCAGUUGGAGUAUCUCGGACUGGCCAGGGCGAACGCAGCCCCAACACUAUCGCAUCAGCAUCAAAGAAGUAGGGCGCGCUUCUUCAUGGAUGUGCAACGAAUUUGAAGAAGGAAAUAUCCUCUCAGCACGUUCCCCAGCUGGACGGUUCGUCCUAGAUUGGUCACAGGCGGUAACUCCUCGACAACUAUACCUAUCAGCUGGGAUCGGCAUCACGCCUAUACUUGCUAUGAUGAAGGCCCAUGCCAACCAUCCCAGCAUGAAUGUAGUACCAGGUAUAUGGAUCCAUGUGGUCAAGGAUGGGAGAGGUCUGCAGUUUCAUAACGAGUUUCUCCAAAUUGAGAACAACCCUAUCAAGAGGUAUGUCUUCAUGACACAGCCUCGUGACAUCGAUAUACUAGGACAAGACUACAAUGUCUUGGGAAGACCGGGUUUGGAUACAAUGGCAGAGAUAUUGGGAAAGACUUACAAGUUCAACCCAUUCAGGACCACUGCAAUGGACCUGCCAGCCAAGUUCUCGGCCGCAUAUAUCUGCGGUCCCAAAGACUUCGAGGAAGACAUGAAGAGUAUCCUCAUAAAUCGCAACAUACCUCCGCCUUUCAUCCAUAGCGAGAGCUUUUCAGCCUCUGGUCACACAAUUGGAGACUUAGAGAAAGCCACAGUCCGGUUCACUAAGUCCAGUAAGACUGUUCAAUGGAAGAAGGGCAGUUCCAUGUCAUUGCUGGAACUCGCAGAGUCUGUUGGUAUGACGCCCGAUUAUGGCUGUCGUGUAGGUGCUUGUGGAAGCUGCGUCGCUAAAGUAGCUUGUGGUUCAGUUUCUGGAGGAGUUCAAAUGGAUGGGAACGUACUUACGUGCUCGGCGAUUCCUGCAUCAGAUGUGGUUGAAGUUGAGCUUUGA